AUGGCUGACAUCAAUUUUGCAGAAGAGAAAAAUACUACCAAUGAAAACAAGGUGAUUGAAAAUCUUACAGCUACCCUUCACAUCGAGAAAGAAGCUCUCCAAAAGGUUUGCAGUGAUCUUCAAACUGAUCACUCUUCUUUUGAAUCCUCUAUCUCUUCUCAAUUUGUGAAACUCCAAGAAGACCCGACCGUUGAGAGUAGGAUAAUGGAUGAGCUUGCUCUAGAAACUACAAGGGUUAGGAUGUUGUCUAUGAAGCUCACUACAACGAACAUUGAAAUCAACAUUCUUAAAUCUUAA